GGGAGGAUACCUUGCUGUUGGGAAGGGGGAGUCCGCCAAUUUCCGGCGCGCGGGAAAAUUUCCCGCAUUCGCGCCACGCCUUCUAUAAGAAUCCCAUCGCCAGGCCCCUUCCUCCACUUCCCCACUUCCACCUUCUUCCACCAAAUGGGCCGCAAGAGGAGGUCUAGGGUUUCCGACGACGACGACGGCGCCGAGGAGAGCGGGGAAGAUGCCGCCGCCAGUCCCGCCGCCGAGGAGAGCAAGAGCCUCUACGAGAUCUUGGGGGUUGAGAGGACAGCUACACAGCAGGAAAUAAAGAAGGCAUACCACAAGUUGGCUUUGCGUCUUCACCCUGAUAAGAAUCCUGGAGAUGAGGAAGCCAACGAAAAAUUUCAGCAGCUGCAGAAGGUGAUAUCCAUUCUUGGAGAUGAGGAAAAAAGGGCAUUGUACGAUGAGACUGGCAUUACUGAUGAUGAUGCACUGGUUGGCGAAGCUGCAGACAAUCUCCAAGCAUACUUCAGAACAGUGUUCAAAAAAGUUACGGAGGCUGAUAUUGAAGAUUUUGAAGCAAAGUACAGAGGGUCAGAUUCUGAGAAAAAAGAUUUGAAGGACCUCUAUACGAAAUUUAAGGGCAAAAUGAACAGACUUUUCUGUUCAAUGAUUUGCUCAGAGCCCAAGCUUGAUUCCCACCGCUUUAAAGAUAUAAUUGACCAGGCCAUUGCUGAAGGUGAGCUCAAGUCCACCAAAGCGUAUGAGAAAUGGGCUAAAAAGAUCUCUGAGAUUGAGCCACCCACAAACCCAUUAGAGAGGAGAGUGAAGAAAAAGAAAAGCCAGGAGAGCGAUCUCAUGCUGGCGAUCACACAGCGCAGGGAGCAGAGGAAGGCGGGGUUUGACUCGUUGCUCUCAUCCAUAAUGUCUAAGUGCGAUUCAAAGGGAUCCAAGGCGUCCAAGGCGAGCAGCUCAGAGCCCACGGAGGAAGAGUUUGAACGUGCUAGGCAGAGGCUGGAGAAGAAACGCUCGAAAGGGCGCAAAUGAUGCUGCUCUUGACAUGCUUUCAAGCCGUUGAUGCCAUCUGGUUGAUGUGGUGGUUACUUUUGGGAUUCCACACUGUGAGGAACUGGGAGUGUAUUCGAGGGGCUUGUGUUGCAACUCUGGUAGCUUUGUUUGAAGAAACUGGUCUUUGUGUAUAAGUACUGAAUGGGUGUUGGUGUUUUCGAAUGUGAUCUAUAUCAGUGUCUUGUUGCUAUCA